GACGACAGCAUCAGCUGAGAGACACAUCGCAGGGAGCUGGGUCGCUGUGAGUCACCUGACUUGUAUAUUUACACUUUUCUACCCUUUAGCACCUCUCUGCUUCACUUUUCAGGCCUGAGUAAAAAAAGAUUAUAUUCUUUUAAUCAAGAGGGGCAAGCAUGGAUGGCAUGACAUCGUACCAGAGUGGCGGGGCCCAAAAUGGUGACCUUCAGAAAUAUUCACAUAAUAUUGGUUCAAAUAUACAGAAAAUCUCUCAAAAUGUUAAAUCUAUGCAGCAGCUGGUGAAUCAACUAGGCACAGAUCAAGAUAAUCAACAGCUGCGAGCUCAGCUACACCAGGUACAGCACUACACUGGAGGUUUGGCCAAGGACACAACUGUAGAACUUAGAACAUUCAAGUCCUUAUCAGUACCCCAUGGUCAGGAUGCUCGAACAUGGCACAUGCAGGCAGAACGACUUACGAGGGAGUUCUCUCAGGCUCUGAAUGACUUCCAAAAUGCUCAGCGACAAGCAGCAGCAAAAGAAAAGGAGGCACUUAAAAAGGCUCGAGCGGAUUCUGAUGCUCAUUUUUUUGAGGAUCCAAGUCAUGGGGCGGCCCUUCUGGACUUGGGAGACACAGGUCUCAAAGGUCGGAAUCAGCAGUCACAAAUGCAGAUUCAAAUGGAGCAAGAACAAGAAAUGCAGGCACUGCAGGAGAGAGAGACACAGAUACGCCAGUUAGAAUCUGACAUCAUGGAUGUUAAUCAAAUCUUCAAAGACUUGGCAACAAUGGUUCAUGAACAAGGUGAGAUCGUUGAUUCCAUCGAGGCCAACGUUGAAGCUGCCCAGGUUCACGUGUCACAGGCAUCCACUCAACUCUCUCAAGCUAGGCAAUAUCAGAACAAAGCACGUAGAAAGAAGAUUUGCCUUGUUGGUAUUGGUAUCAUACUGUUGGCCAUUAUUAUUGGGCUCAUUGUUUGGUCUUCGUCAGGCUCAGGAUAAAUCUAGACGGAAGGUGGUUCUAAUCACACUUACCUGCCUCACGAUUGCCUUGGUGAUUGGUCUCAUUGUCUGGGCUAGUAACUGAGAGGAAAAUGGUCAGUGUAAAAUUUGCGAGUUCAAGAGAUGGUGGCAUUGGAAGGAAAUUUUGUUCCUGUAAAUUUUUAAUAUUCAUUUGAUUUAUGUGGAGGCAAGUUGUGGAUUUGUUCAUUGUCAUUGUAUGUGAUUUUCAUUAGCCUUGACCACUGGAAUGAUGUACUUUACUUUAUGUUGGUUUUGGGGCUUAGCGUCCUCACGGCCCGGUCAUCGCCCAGGCCUCGUAGUAAAAGUUUUUCUUUGUACAAAUUUGUUAAUUAUGAUUAAAUUUACUUUAUUAAUAUACCAAAUGGAAUGUAAUAUAGUUUGUGAUAUAAAUAGGAGCUUCAAGUGGCACUGUAACAACUGCAGUCAGUCAUGUUUAAAAUGACACAUUAUUGCAUGCAGCUAUCUACCAGUAUCAUGCUGUUGAUACUUGGUGCCUCUGGGCUAUAUGUUCUGUAAACAAGCUCACAAUCAUAGUCAUUUAAGCUUUUGCAGAACAUUAUUUAAUCCAAAUUCAAGUGUACAGUGACAAAAAUUUUGGGAGGGGGGAAGGGGGUGAAGGUAUUCAAUAUGCAGUAUCUCUAUAAAUCAAUAUUUUAUUAAAGUCAAAAGAAAGGUGGAGUUGGACAUAAAAUAGUUGAAAGUUGUAGGCCAUUUGUUGGGCAUAAAUUCAGUGUUGCAGCAUUAUGUUCAUAUUGUAUUGUAUUUAGAAUGAUAGCUGGCUGUAAUCUUCAACAGUGAUUUCUUUUGUAUGAAUUCACUAUAAAAAUAAACUAAAUACUGGUAUGAAAAUUUUUAUGCAGUAUAUUUUGCAAAAUAAUUUGGGCAAGUAGUGUAAUAAAGUCACCAUCAUAUACAGUACAGUAUUUGUUUUUCAACUGUUCAUAAAUAUUAAUUACUAAUGGAUAUUUUUUUUUUUUUUUUGUAUAUUAAUUGGACCUGCUAGAUGCAGAUGAACGUUAGUUUACCUCGUAUAAACCAGCCUAUACUGAACUAAUGCUUCAUGUUCAGCUUUAUUUAAAUUCUUUACGUAUUUCAUUUUUACUGUUUUAAUCGGAUUUUGUUUUUUCAAGCUUUAAUGUUACUAUAUUAAAUUUUUAAUCACCUAGUAGUUAACCGAUUGGCUUAGAACUCCCUGUUGAGAAUUACUAGUGGAAAUCACCACGGAGUGUUGGCUUACUGCUCAGCAGCCACGCUUCCUUGCUAAAUUUUUAUUCUGAACCAUUGCAUUAAUUUAUAAAACAGAUUGGGUGUGUUUUAGAGGCCAAUAUCUGAAUUGUGAAUGAUAUAGCAAUAUGUUUUCUUCUACAGUCUGUGGUUAUCUGAAUGUCCUAUGGUAGGGACUUAUUCUUCAACUUUUCCUAUUAGUUAUACAUUGUAAUUUUGUCUUUAAUUUGGGAAUUGUGCAGUAAUACCUCAUAAUGUUAUGGACGUACCAUCAGAUUCCAUAAGUUUCAAGUUCUUGGAAAUUUGGGGAAUGUAAGGAAUAAAAAUAAAGGAAAAUAAAUUGAGCAAGAAAUUUAUUUAAAACAAAAGGUGGUUGGACUGAAAUACAACUACAGUAUAAGGAAAGCAAGAGAUUUAUACUGUAUUUGUUUUUUGCAACAUAUUAAUGAAUAAUGAAAGGCAGUUAUGUUGCUAAAGUGUUUUAAAAUCCAUAACACUUCGUUAUAGACUUGCCCUCCUCCAUAAAGACAGUACCAAGGAGAACACACAAUAAUUUAAGUGCUUUAGCUAAAAUGUGCAGGAUACAUGUCAUGAAAGGCUUAUAAUGUCUCGAUAAUGUAUUGUAAUUUUGGCAUGAUCAAAUUAUGCUAUUACCGAACCAUGAGUAUGGUAAUACUUGUCAUUAGAAUCGUACAAAAUAUUGUACCCAUCACCAAGCAUAUGCUGCAAAUGCUCAGUCACUAACUGCUCCCAAGUACAAUGCAUUUAGCUAAGUACUGUGUAUAACUAAGCAGAGGCCACUGUAAAGAUACAUUAGAUAAAUGAAUAUAGGCAUUAAUAAAUAUAAUGUGAUGUCAGAGGUAGUGCUGAACUAAUGUGCGUGUGCGCCAGGUAUUGAGCUGGAUGCCAGCAGUAACGAGAACCUGCAUAUAAAAUGAUUGCUGGAUCGUGGUGCAGAAUAACCUAACUAAUUCCAGUUUUGGGUUCGAGGCCUAAAUCCCAACAACAGGUGCUGACCAAAUAUGUGAAACAUCCAAGAUAAUGGUAAGGCUGAUGCAAUGUAAUGAGUAAGUACUCAAUUGUUAAUCUUGAUGUUUAUUGUUUAGUUUUUAAUUUGCACUUGGGAAGGACAGAACUCUUGGCCAGAAUCCUCUUCUCGAAUGGUGCAUUUUAUGACCGAUAUAUUUUUUUUAACUAUUACCUGGUAUAACUAAUGAAAUUCUAAAAGUGGUUACUGGCAUUUUUCAUUAUGCCGAGUAAAAGUUUGGUUCAAUUGAUCAUUAGGACCAUGAUUAAAGAAAAGGGUUCAAUACUUUAUACAGUACAGUAUUUUGUUUGCUAUUAAGCUAAAUUUGCUAUACAGGGGUAAAUUAGACCUUUAAAAUUUAAUGCCUUUCCACUUGAAAAAAAAUUGAGUGAAGGGCAUUUUAAAUCUGGUUAUCAAAACAUUCUUCUUUCAACCUUGCACUACUCAUGCAAGCAUGAACUGUUCGAGGGCCUCAAACUUUAAUACCUGUAUGUAUAAUUUCUUUUCAUUGGUAGACAACUGCAUUGUAGCCAUUCAUUUGUUCAGAGAGAUCAGUUAUAGUUACAUGUCUUUACUGUCCCAGUCAUUUUGAUGUAUUCGUACAAGUGUGUGAUGUCAUUUUUAUGAUGUCUUAUGUUCGUAGCUCUUGUGACAGAGUCCAUUUUAGUAUUUGAUGGAAAUUCCUUACUAGUAUUGAUAUUAGCUAACCAAAAGAUUUUAUAUGUAAUGAGUAAUUUUUGUCUUGAAAAUUGUGAUACUUUGGUAAUACUGUACUUGUUAUUCUCAAGUUCAUCUUAGAGAAGCCUAGUACACCCAACUUUAUUAUGUGAAUGAAGGUUUAGUGUACUAGAUUGUGUUUUUGUAAUGCAGUGUCUUGUGACCGAAGAUGUAUGUGUUGUAUAUCUUAAAUGACUAGAAAUGUUUCAUAAGCUUUUAUUUACAUAGACAUUUUGAUGUUUUCCAACAUGGUGUAAGGAGAAUUAUUUUGGAAAAAUAAAAGUGUUGAUUUUUGCUUGAGAUGUUUGUAAAGUCUUGAUGUAUGCAACUUGCUUUAUGAAAGCUGCUGCUGAUAAAGAAUACUACAGUAGUUCAUCUUUCCUUGUGAUCUUAUUAUUUUUCUUUCACUUAAAAUAGUCAUGCAUGGGUUAUAUUUUUGGUUUACACUUUAAUGGAAACUUGUAUUUUUCAAAGAAAAUAUACACUGUUGUACUUACAUAUUUUUACCAAUGUAAAUUGUAACCUUCAUUAGUCUUUAAUCAGUUGGUCAUAUGUUCUUAUUUAGUCAUACAGCUUUAAUAGCAAAAUAUUAUAAUUUUAUAUAUGGCAUAUCAGGUGCUUAUUAUUUAAAUUACUGCUAAGUGGAGAGCCAUUAAAUUAAUAUCCAAUGUUUUAGUAUACUAGUCAGGAAAAUCAUUAGUGCCAGUUAACAGCCAUUAAGUAUUUUUCACUAAUGCCUUUAUUUACUGAAAUUACCUACCAUUCCAUUCACCAACUUUCCGACUACCAUUUUCCACCAUUCAUUCCAUUUUUUACCUACCAUUGUUUUCCUCGUUUCUGAAUUAUUUAUCAAACAAAGGCUUGGUGCCUUCUUUUGGUAAUUAUCAAAUGGGAAGACACAGUCGCAACAUUGUGUUUUAAGUGUAAUACUGUAUAAUGUUCGGCAUCUGAAAAUUUGGUGCAAUAGAAUGAAACGUACAUUUUCUUAAAAUUUUAAAACGCCCAACCUACAAAUGUAAAAAUAUGGGAAGUGAGGACACUUCAGUCCAUCCUGGAUAAUCAUCAGGUUGACUCAAUAAUGACCAGGGACAGACCAAAAUGUUGCCAACUUUAUUUUUAGAUUUGUGGGCUGGGUGUCUAAAUUGUCAGCAACAUUAUUGUGACUUGCAUCUGCUUAAAAUGUUAAUUUAGCAUAUAUAACUAUUCAGUACUGUAUAUAAAUAUUACAUCUUUAAGGAGAUACUUUACAUUCGAGUGCAAGUAAAUUUAUUGAGGUAUUGGUUUACAUUAUUUCUUUCAUCAUCUGUGAGCUACUUGGCUGCUCACAGAUAAUCUUCAAAUAGAUUGGUCACUAGGAUGAAUGAGUCAGAGGUUACGACCUAAUAUUGGCACAGCCAAAAGGGAAACUGGUAAGUGAGCAUGGUGGAUGGGUAUACUAAGACUGCAUGUUCCUCACACUAGGAUGCAUUAGCUAGCUGUUUUAAUUGUUGAGCGUUGUUAUUAUGUAUGUGAAUAUGGUAAUGCAUCCCCGCCCCAUGAAAAUGGGAGUGGGGGGUAAUGCAAUGGUGGGGGCAGAUAUACUCGUAAACUGUAAAGUAGCGUUCCUCAUGCUCUAAAACUUGUAUAAUAUAUAUAUAUGUAUAUAUAUAUUAAUUGGAGCAUUUGUGCAUUGUACAUAGUAAAGUAUUAUACAUGUGAGCAUCAUUCUUGGUUAAAAUCAUUUAUAUUGCAUAUAAUGAAACUAGAGUAGUUAUAAGCUUCUUUAUGUAAUCUGAGUAAAUAAAUUAUAUAUAUUAUAAUAAAA